UCUUACAUUCCAGAAAUCAUUUUGUUGUCGGGAUUUUGUACCGUUAAAGUUCAUCCGGGGGACACUGAAGCAGGACUCUAUUCGCGGUGUGACGCACAAACCCUCUCUGGAUCAUCUAGAGACAUCUCAGGUGUUUGCAGGCUGUUAGUUGAGCAAAAUGCCUUCUCCAGGCGCGGUGGCAACAGUUGAACCCAGGUUAUAUCGCUUCGCCGCCUGGUUUGACCCUGAAUCUGCUGGGGUGCUGACCAUCCUCUUUGGGCUGUUCCAGGUGGUGCUGUCUGUCCCACUUGCUUAUGCUGAUCAAGCUCUGCCAAAACUCUUCAUACUCCCACUUGGCUUAGGAAUUCUAAUUAUGGCAGGAGGCUCAUUCACCAUGGCCAAUGAGAGGAACCCCAGGAGAGUACUGGUUCAAGGUUGUGCCUACAGUAAUGUGGCUGGCCUGGUGGGGGCGCUGCUUGCCUUCUGCACCUACUGCUACAGCCUCAGCACUGCCAAGAGUGAUGAGCGGUGUGCCUCUUAUGAACAUGACAGACAUGUCUACAGACGACGAUUUUCUAAUGAUUGCCCUCCGGACGUACUGGCGGCCUACUGCUGGAGUGUGACACUGCUGCUGCUGCUCUACAGCAGUGGGGCUAUGGUCCUGCACUGCCUCCUGUCCGUCUCUGCCCUCAAAGCACUCAAAACAGCCUAACACACAUCCAGGACGCACGCACACGCACACACACACACACACACACGCACACACACACACAACCAGGACACACACGCCAUGUAUGUUGAAUUCCUCCUGAUCAGAAGCAGAAUUUAAAAGCAGGUAUCAGUCUUUGCAGAUUCUGCUUUGGUGGAUUUGGUGACUGCACAGUGAGUUUUCAUAACUCAUCAUCAUCAUCAGUUUUCAUCAUGCAAGCUCUUUUCAAAACUAAACAUGUCCUCACAUCAUAAAGGGAAUUAAUUAAUUAAUUUGGGUUUUUGUUUUUUUUUUAGAGUGAAGAAAUAUUCUAAUUAGAAAACAAAAACAAAUACUGAAAAAAUUCUCUUUCUGAUUGGCUGGCAGGUAAACAGCACACAUCAAACAAAGGUGUGGUCAUCAGUUUAACCACCAACAGUCAGCUGCAGUCUGAAAAAUGGUGGCCUUAUCUGCCUGGUUAGUUACUGUGGUAUAAGUGAAACAAUACACCGACACACUAGGUGAAAAUACUGUCGAUUUUAUUUUUAUUGUCACUAAUAUUAGACAAACAUUGAAAUGUAUCAUCUUAUUGCAGAUCUAUCGGUAUUGAUGCAUAUCCUGUCUGAUAAGUCAGAACAUAUUGUACACUGUAAAAGGUCUCGUGUGUUUCUCGUUCAAUAUAAAAAAAAGCAAAUGUCAAGUCUGAUGGAUCCAUAGCAAGAUUGUUUGUCUGUGUCAAGUUUUUAUAAGUAGAAAAUGACUGCAGGACAAUAUAUUUUGAAAAUAAAAUAUUGAUAAUGAUAUCGGCCUUAACAAUCCAGUAUCAGUUGGGUUAUUACAUAUUCGGCUGCUGUUUUUGUGGCUUCAAAGACAAAAGAAACCUGUAACACAGUGUACUUACCAUUAGUACAAUUUAAAGGAACAUUUUGACUUUUUGGAUAAUACACAUUUGCUUUCUUGCUGAGGUGAGGAGAUAACUCAUAUGUCCGUGCCUGUAAAUAUGGAACAGGAGCCAGGUUAAGUUAGCUUAGCAUGAAGAUUGGAAGCAGCUGGUCUGGCUCUGUCCACUGUCAAAAAGACCAAUCCACCUAUCAACAUCUGUAAGGCUCAGUGAACACAUCAGCCCCCACAAAACCACAGACAUGAGAGUAGUUUCAAUGUGAACAUUUCACUCAAAGCGUGUUUCCCAAAUUGUCAGUUGUGUGAGUAUUGUGGGUAUUUGUUUUAGAAGCAGAACUCAAGGGAACAUCUGUCAGUAUGGUCAGGUGGCCAAGGUAAUCACCUGGACUUUUAUUUUUGGGGAACUUUGGCCAACUUGUUUCGAGUAUUUGGUUGAUUAUUUCUGACUUUUCUGUGAAAUGUGGGUCAGAUGCUGUACAUGAUCAUCCCUCCAGCUCUUUAAACUCAGGACAGACAGGAGAUCAAAUGUUGAAAACCAGCCCCAUCUACUGACUAAAUCAAGAGAAAACCAUAACUUUUCAGGAUUACAAUCUUGUUUCUCUUUUGUUUUCAUUUUUUCAAAGGGCUAUUCUGGCCACACUGCGUGCUAACAUUACCAUAGCUGGUGUGACUAAAUAAAACCCUGAGUCACCUUCCAGGUAACUGUGCACAGUGCUUCCCCUUAACCUCCACUGUAUUUGUGAAAGCCUUAAUAAUGAGGAACACAACUGAUGCGAAUGGAAACUUUGGAUUAUUACAAAAUGUGUAUUAGAAAACCAUGUGUCUGACAGUACAAAAGCUACAUGUAACAGAAAACCAAGGAUGCAUUUUGGCCAGUAAGAGAGAUGUACAAGUGUAGUGUAACCCAGUGUAGACCCACUUUAAACAACUGGAUGCAUUUAUGUAUAGACCUGUAAAGGCAGAUUGAAUCUGCCCAAGUAUUUUAACGUUUGACAGGAAAAGUCGCGGACACUCAAAAGGAUUUAAAAAAAAAAAAAAAUUGGUAUAUUUAGCUAGAGAUGAACAAUUGUCAAAGAAUUAGAACUUGGAACAAAAUUCAGAGACAAAAUAUGUGUAAUCUAAUCUGUUGCAUGUAAAA